UUCCGGGGAUGGGGAGGCGGCGGCGGGCGGAGGAGAAGAUGCUCCUGGGCUGAGGCGAAGCCAAGGACGGAGAAGGAGAACCUGGCGGCUGCGAGAGGGAUGGCUCAUUCCGGAGGGGCCGCAGCUGUGCCCGGGGAAAGCGCCGAGCAGCGGGGUUCGGGCCCCUCGGCCUCGGGCCCGGGAGCGGCGGCGGCGGCGGGUGUGGACAGCGGGGGGCCGCGGGACUCACUGAGCCUGGAGGAGAUCCUGCGGCUCUACAACCAGCCCAUCAACGAGGAGCAGGCAUGGGCCGUGUGCUACCAGUGCUGCGGCUCCCUGCGGGCCGCCGCCACUGGAGACCCGCGCAGCCGCCCCCGCCGCGUGCCCCGCCGCCGAGUGGAGGCGCCCGCGCAGAUCCGCGUCUGGAGAGACGGCACCGUCACCCUGGCCCCCGGGCCGGGCGACUCUGGGGAGCCGCCCCCGGGUGCAGGUACAUUGGGAUAUUCACAUUGUACAGAAACAGAGGUUAUUGAAUCCUUGGGAAUUAUUAUUUAUAAAGCAUUGGACUAUGGUUUGAAGGAGAAUGAAGAAAGGGAGCUAAGUCCUCCCUUAGAGCAGCUCAUUGACCACAUGGCCAAUACUGUGGAGGCUGAUGGUAGUAAUGAUGAAGGUUAUGAGGCUGCAGAUGAAGUCAUGGAUGAAGAAGAUGAUGAGAAGAGAAAAAUAUCAAUUAUUCGAUCAUAUAAAGAUGUCAUGAAGUUGUGUGCUGCCCAUCUCCCAACUCAAUCAGAGGCACCGAACCACUACCAGGCAGUAUGUAGAGCAUUAUUUGCUGAAACAAUGGAGUUGCACACAUUUCUUAGCAAAAUUAAGAGUGCAAAAGAGAAUCUUAAGAAGAUUCAGGAAAUGGAAAAAAGUGAUGAAACCAGUACAGACCUAGAUGAGCUGAAAAAUGCAGAUUGGGCUCGAUUCUGGGUACAGGUGAUGAGGGAUUUGCGGAAUGGUGUAAAACUAAAGAAGGUUCAAGAAAGACAGUAUAAUCCAUUGCCAAUUGAAUAUCAACUCACACCUUAUGAGAUGUUAAUGGAUGACAUUCGCUGCAAACGCUACACUUUGAGGAAGGUAAUGGUGAAUGGUGAUAUUCCUCCUCGGUUAAAAAAAAGUGCUCAUGAAAUCAUUCUGGACUUCAUUCGAUCACGGCCUCCCUUGAAUCCAGCCUCUGCCAGAAAGCUGAAACCAACUCCACCACGGCCACGGAGCCUUCAUGAAAGAAUAUUGGAGGAAAUCAAAGCAGAAAGAAAGUUACGCCCAGUCUCACCAGAGGAGAUUAGGCGUAGUAGGCUAGCAAUGCGGCCACUUAGCAUGUCUCACAGUUUUGACUUGUCAGAUGUUACCACUCCUGAAUCUCCAAAGAAAGGGACAGAAGCCUCUGUGUUGAAUGGUGGUUUAACACCACAAACAAAAGCCAAUGGUAUAAGUGGUACACAAACAACAGUUCAACGGAAGAAACUCCUUAAAGCUCCAACUCUGGCUGAACUGGAUAGCUCUGAGUCAGAGGAGGAAACAAUGCACAAGUCAGCAAGCAGCAGCAGUGUAUCUCCCUCCCUUCUGGAAGACCCCAUAUUAGAGGCUAUGCCAAGCAGGAAAAUGCCUCCAAAAUUCUUGCCCAUAUCAUCAACACCCCAGCCAGAGAGACGGCAGCCACCCCAAAGACGACAUUCGAUUGAAAAAGAAACCCCUACCAACGUUAGACAGUUCCUGCCACCAUCCAGACAGAGCUCCAGAUCACUUGAAGAAUUCUGUUAUCCAGUGGAAUGCUUGGCUCUCACGGUAGAGGAAGUGAUGCACAUUCGCCAGGUGCUGGUAAAGGCAGAGCUGGAAAAGUACCAACAGUAUAAAGAUGUCUACACUGCACUGAAAAAAGGAAAGCUUUGUUUCUGUUGCCGAACCAGGAGGUUUUCCUUCUUUACUUGGUCUUAUACUUGUCAGUUCUGCAAGAGGCCAGUAUGCUCACAGUGUUGCAAAAAGAUGCGAUUGCCAUCCAAGCCAUAUUCCACUCUUCCUAUCUUUUCUCUGGGACCUUCUGCCUUGCAAAGAGGAGAAAGUUUUACGAGACCUGAAAAACCCUCUACUAGCCACCAUCGGCCACUCCGGAGCAUUGCCAGGUUCUCCUCAAAAUCUAAAUCUGUAGAUAAAUCAGAUGAAGAACUACAAUUUCCCAAAGAACUGAUGGAGGACUGGAGUACUAUGGAGGUGUGUGUAGACUGCAAAAAGUUUAUUUCAGAAAUCAUCAGCUCCAGUCGGCGGAGUCUGGUGCUGGCCAACAAGCGAGCUCGUUUGAAAAGGAAAACACAGUCAUUCUACAUGUCCUCAGCAGGUCCCUCGGAGUACUGCCCUUCGGAGAGAACUAUCAAUGAAAUCUGAGCCUUGUGCCUUUCCAGUUGCUCUUGUUCACAAAGUCAGCAUUGGUGGGAGAACACUAAGAACUGCAUUGUCUUUCCUUUCCUUUCCGUGGUUUUAUUUCAUAGGCUUGAAUUUGCAUUAGAUCAGAUAUUUGUCUCACCACGUUGCUCUACUGACUGAAUGCAGUGUUCAUAUCUGUUACUGAUAUGCAACAGGUCAGCCAAUCAAUCAUUUGCACUGAAAGAAAACAGUGGUUUGAAACUUGCCUUCUUUUUAAUUUGUACAUUUGAAGGUCAGAACAGUUUUCCCUGAGUUUAGUUCUUUACUAUUUCUUAAAUCGUUUUCUAACCAAGGCUGAAAGGUUCUUUAAGGAGAAACCAAUCUAACAAAGGAAUCAGUGUUAGCUCAGUUCUAAGCAGUAAGUCAUAUUGGCAUUUCCACCUAAUAGUGUUCACAUGUAGUGUAUACAGUAAUCCAGAGCCCUCAUGGAGGACACUAAGCUCCUGGCAUGGGCCAUAGUAAUUAUUGUCUCACAGCAUAAAAUCUAGGAUUUGCUAAUGCUAACAAAUUGAUUUUUAAAUUUAUUGUUAAUCUGAGAUUUUUGUUAAAUAAGGGACUUUAUGAUGUCUGUGUUCUAGUGUAAAACACCAGCAUAAGCUGUACACCCAAAUGGGUGACUCUUUCCCUGAAGCUGCUGGACUUGUCAGCCCUAGUGUAACUGACCAGUGUCUCUCCUGGAAGUGACACCUUAUUCCUUUGAAUGUAUUAUGAUUAUUGGUAGUAUUAGUAAUAAUAGACUGGGUGAUAAAGGUUUGGCAGAAGUUUGGGGACUAAGGUAUAUGGCAACAGUUUGAGUGUACUCUUGCAAUGUCAAAAGAGCCUGUGAUUCUGCUUGAAAGGUGGCUGGUCUGUUUUGAAACUCUACAGGUUGGCAGCCUCUGACUACACUGGUGUGGCUCUGGUAGCAGAUACGUUAUCAACUCUGUUUUUCAUAUCUUAGGAACUUGGCCAUCAAGUCUAAACUCGGCUGUAAUUUGGUACCUAAGGUCUUAGACUGGAAACAAAUUUAUUUAUUUUUGUAAAUGAACUUUUUAAAAACAAACAAGGUUGUUUAGCUGUUUUAAAGUUACGAGAACAUUAACCUGCUGACUGGCUUCAGAUGCUUUUUUUGCAUUUUUUUUCUCACAGAUGGCUUCAUGUGUGUAUUAUUGGGGGGGAGGGCAAGGGUGACCAUUGUGCAUCUGAAAUUUAUGAGCUCAUUUAAGAUCAUAAAAUGGGUUAGAUUAUUUUGGUAUGCUUAAAAACAACCAACCAAAUAACCAUUGAUGUUUGUCAGAUCAAUUAAUGCACAUGCACUGUAAUUUUCAUGAAGCAGUAGUAGGUACAUCCAUAUUCAACCUGGUGACAGCACCAUAGGUGGCAUGAUAAGUAUUUGUUAUUGUAUCAAAAUAUAGUUAACAUUUCUAUAUGAAAUUAACAUGCCUCAAAAUUGUCCCAAUACUACUUUAAAAUGGACUAAAAUUUUAUGAUUUCAUAGCUUAAAAUUUGCAAAAUAAAUUUUAAUGAUUAAUUAAAUGCACGUUAACAGUUCCUCCAUAUUUGCAUGUGAAACUAUAACGUCUCCAGGGAUUUCUGAUCAUGUAGAAGUUUAAAAUUGUUUUAAGGGCUUUGAAAAAUAUAUUCAACGAAACUUAUUUGUAAGAUUUUCUAAGAGACCAA